AUUGGUACGAAUUGGACUACUUCCUCUGCAGCCCAGACCUGCGCAAGCGCAUCGUGCUGAUCCGCACCAAGGCUAUCCAAGCAUACACGGACCACAUGGCCAAGGAGAUCCGGCUCCGCAUUGCCAAACCUCGCGGCAGUCGUUCCUUCAAGUGGGAGACCGCAGACUACGCGGCGGAGACCGUGGUGGGCAGAGGGCAACCACCCAAGUUCGGUGACCACAGCCGGGAGGCAGCUACAGACCGAGAGGACACCGUGAAGACUUUGUCCGCCGCGGCGGCGUGCGACGACACGGGCAAGCUCUUCUCCACGAUCAGAGUGCUGCGCAAACAACUGGCCAAGCAAAGCAAGGAAGAGCAGGAACCGUACACGCUGGAACAAACUCGCAAGCACAUGCUGGGCAUCGCCAGAGCACCGAACACGGUUCCGGAGGCGCUGUUCGCAAGAGUAGACGCCAACAUCGCCAAGAUGAAGGGCAGCGCUGGCGGCAAGGACGAGGUCCGAAUCGAGAUGGUGAAGGGUGCUCCACACAUUUUUCGGGAUAUGCUAGCGGAGUUAAUUCAGAAGAUGUGGAUAACAGACCCAGCAUUGUGGGAGCAUCAGUGCGUCGAGGCUCUUGUCAAAUUGCUGUACAAACGCAAAAGAGACAAGAAGGACCUCAACAACUGGCGCGGCAUAUGCCUGCUCUCGAUAUGCUCGCGCAUUGUGGCGCGCAUAGUGGCUUCCAGGCUCACGGCGUGGAGCGAGAGGGAGAACCUCAUUGUGCCUGAGCAGUACGGCUUCCGGCCCAACAGGAGCACGCUCGACGUCCUGUUCGCAACUCGCCUGCUGGUCGAGAUGGCCAGUCGCACUCUGUCCCCCGAGCCUGCGGAGAGGGUCACGCUCGUCUUGCUGGACCUCAUCAAGGCGUACCCGAAUACCCCUCGCAAUGCGUGUUGGGCAGUGCUGGACAACAUGGGCGUCCAUCCAGCGAUGCUGCGCGUCAUCCGCGGACUACACGAAACGACGAGCUACCAGGUGGAUGGAGCGCAAGGGCGGUCGGAGACGUACAAGCUGCAGCGGGGGCUGAGAGAGGGGUGCCCGUCAUCCUGCAUAAUCUUCAAUCUAUACCACAGCUGGGUCAUCUCGCAGGUGCAGGCCCGCAUUCGUUCCGAACUCGGACCCGAGGCGGGGGUGGCCGUGCAGUCCAUAGAAGCCCAGAGAGACGACAUCGAGAGACUCACGAUAGAGGUCAUGCGCGACUGGGGCGAGACAGCCCACCCGGGCAAGACAGAAAGGCUCCGCCUGGGUCACCCGACCGAGGAUCCCGUGGCCGACCCCGACGUGGAGUUCAAGACGGCAGUGCGGCUCCUGGGGGGAUGGUUCGAAGCUACGGGCGGGCUGGGUGUGGACACGCAGAAGAGGCUCAGCGCAGCGAGACAGGCGUGGGGCAAGCUACACAAGUCCUUGCAGUACUCGGGCCUAUCCAAGAAGCAGAAAGGAGCUAUCGUCCAG